AUGGCCAGAAUUAAAAGGAAGGGGAAGUCCGGAGCUGCAAAGAACUUCGUGACCAGAAACCAGGCAAUCGCAAAGUUGCAGGUCACAUUGGCUGACUUCCGUCGUCUUUGUAUCUUCAAAGGUAUCUACCCAAGAGAACCUAGAAACAAAAAGAAGGCCAACAAGGGUUCGACAGCUCCUACCACGUUCUACUAUGCCAAGGACAUCCAGUACUUGCUACAUGAGCCAGUGUUGAACAAGUUCAGAGAGCAGAAGACCUUCUCCAAGAAGUUGCAGAGAGCGUUGGGUAGAAAAGAGCUCGGUGAUGCUCAAAGACUAGAGAAAGCCCGUCCAAAAUAUACUUUGGACCAUUUGGUCAGAGAGAGAUAUCCAUCGUUUUUGGAUGCAUUGAGAGACCUUGAUGACCCUUUGAACAUGUUGUUUUUGUUUGCCAACAUGCCUGCCACCGACAAAGUCAGCCACCGUGUGACUAAGGAAGCAGGCAAGUUGACCAACCAGUGGCUUGCAUUUGUGGCUAAAGAGAGAUUGAUCAAGAAGGUGUUUGUAUCCAUUAAGGGUGUCUAUUAUGAAGCCAACGUGCGUGGCCAAGAAGUUAGAUGGUUGGUGCCAUUCAAGUUCCCCACCAACAUUCCUUCUGACAUCGACUUUAGAAUCAUGUUGACAUUCUUGGAGUUUUACUCCACGUUAUUGCACUUUGUAUUGUUCAAAUUGUACAGUGAUGCGGACUUGGUCUACCCUCCACCUAUCGACACAGACAAGUUGAAGGGUGUUGGUGGAUUAUCGGCCUACGUGUUGAAGACCAAAGAUGAGAGCGUGAGCUCUUUGCUUCCAGCUGAGCGUUCUAAUGAGACCGAGUCUUCUUCUGUCGAGGUUAAGACCCAGUUGUCUACCGAAGACAUCAACAAGGCUAAGGCUGCAGAUGCUCAAGAGGACGAUGACGAAGACGUUGAGGAAAACGUUGAACAGGUCGAGUUGGACGAGUUCUCACUGACUACCAAGACCCCAGGAGAUGUUUUGACGCAGCCAACCCAGUUUUCGUCGCCAUCGUCCACACUUUUCUCCAAGUUUGUCUUCUACGUUGGCCGUGAGGUAGCAUUGGACAUCUUGGAACUUUGCAUUUUGUCUGCGGGAGGAGUCAUCGUUUCUGAGAUUGCCGUGGACGACUUGAAGAUUAACAACCCCGAGGCAUACAGCAAGUUGGACUUGUCGACAAUCACGCACCAGAUCGUUGACAGACCCAAGGUCGCCAGCAAGGUAGCCGGCCGCACCUACAUCCAGCCUCAGUGGGUGUUUGACUCCAUCAACAAGGGCGAGUUGGUUCCUGUUGGAGAGUACGCACCAGGCGAAACUUUGCCACCUCAUCUUUCUCCAUGGGGAGAUUCUGGCAACUACAACCCUAACGAGCCUGUUGUUGCCAACGAAGAGAGCGAAAGUGAAGAGGAAGUUGAGGAAGACGAGCAACCAGAUGCAGAUGAGGAAGAGGAAGAGGAGGAUGAGGACUUGAAGGAACAGAAGGAAUUGGAGUUGGAGGCAGCUGGUGUCCAGUAUUCCGAGGUUGCAAGUGAGCCUAAGAAGAAGAGCAAGAAGAGCAAGAAGAGUGCCGAGGACGAAGAGAAGGAGUUGAAGACCAUCAUGAUGACCAACAAGCAGAAGAAGUUGUACAAGAAGAUGCAAUACGGAAUUGACAAGAAGGAGAGCCGGGUGGAACAGUUGGCCAAGAAGAAGAAGCAGCUUGAGAAGGCUAAGAAGCAGUUGGGCAAGGUGCAGAAAUAG